UCUGAUAGAAUUGUCAAGAUGGUUGUCUGCCAGUGCAGGGAACGUCUGUUGAUGUAAUAUUUUUAAUACAAAUGUAUAAUUUAUAGUAUUUUAUUUACUUAUUGUUUAUUGAGCUGUGAGUUAUAAGUGCUUUAAAAUGUCAGGGGAACGUGAAAUUGCCGCUGAGGAUAGUAUUAAGGUUGUGUGUAGGUUUCGACCCCUAAAUGAUUCAGAGGAAAAGGCUGGGUCAAAAUUCAUUGUUAAGUUUCCAUCAGGUGGUGAAGACAACUGUAUAUCCAUUGCGGGUAAAGUAUAUCUCUUCGACAAAGUUUUCAAACCGAAUGCUACACAAGAAAAAGUAUACAAUGAAGCAGCUAAAAGCAUUGUAUCAGAUGUGCUUGCUGGUUACAACGGUACAAUAUUUGCCUAUGGACAAACCUCUUCGGGUAAAACACAUACCAUGGAGGGUGUCUUAGGCGAUCCUCAAAAACAAGGUAUAAUUCCUAGAAUUGUAAAUGAUAUAUUCAAUCACAUCUAUGCAAUGGAAGAAAAUUUAGAGUUCCACAUUAAAGUAUCUUACUUUGAAAUAUAUAUGGAUAAAAUUAGGGACUUACUAGAUGUUUCAAAAAUAAACUUGAGUGUACAUGAAGACAAAAACAGAGUUCCAUAUGUCAAAGGUGCAACAGAACGGUUUGUUGCAAGUCCUGAAGAAGUUUUUGCUGCCAUUUCCGAUGGAAAAUCUAACAGACAUAUAGCCGUAACAAAUAUGAAUGAACAUUCUUCUAGAUCUCAUUCAGUAUUUCUCAUCAAUGUGAAACAAGAAAACCUAGAGAACCAGAAGAAAUUAUCAGGUAAACUUUACCUGGUAGAUCUUGCUGGUUCCGAAAAAGUAUCAAAGACAGGUGCAGAAGGUACUGUAUUGGAUGAAGCUAAGAAUAUUAACAAAUCUCUUUCUGCACUUGGAAAUGUGAUAAGUGCACUGGCCGACGGAAACAAAACACACAUACCCUAUCGUGACUCCAAAUUGACCAGGAUUCUUCAGGAAUCCCUUGGUGGUAAUGCAAGAACGACCAUUGUGAUUUGCUGCUCUCCAGCUAGUUUCAACGAAGCAGAAACUAAAUCUACACUUGAAUUUGGUAAAAGAGCCAAGACUGUCAAGAAUGUGGUUUGUGUGAAUGAAGAAUUGACAGCAGAAGAAUGGAAGCGAAGAUAUGAAAGAGAAAAGGAAAAAGUUGCUCGGCUUAAGGGAAUAUGCGAGAAGCUGGAGAAAGAAAUCAGUCUUUGGAGAUCUGGCGAGACUGUCAGAAUUGAGGACCAAGUCAAUCUUAAUGAUCCAUCUGAGGCUGCUACUCCCGUUUCUGCAAUGGAGGAAAGCACAGUAAUCGAGACAGCUGGUCCAGUACCUGCCACACCAGCUCUUAUGAUUGGUUCCACACUUGGAAUAGAGGAGAGGCAAAAGUUGGAGCUUGAGCGUGAAAGGUUAUACCAACAGUUGGACGAGAAGGACGAAGAAAUAAAUCAACAGAGCCAGUACGUUGAAAAACUGAAGGAACAGAUUGUGGAACAGGAUGAACUCAUUGCGAGCACAAGAAGAGAUUACGAAGCCCUUCAAUUAGAAAUGAAUAGGAUUCAACAAGAGAACGAAAGCGCUAAGGAUGAAGUGAAAGAAGUUCUUCAAGCUCUGGAGGAAUUGGCUGUAAAUUAUGAUCAGAAGACUCAGGAAGUCGAUUCUAAAAACAAAGAGGUUGAAGCUCUUUCUGAAGAACUAAUGCAGAAGCAAACAUCCUUGAACAACACAACAACUGAACUUCAACAGUUGAAAGAUCUCAGUAACCACCAGAAAAAGAGGUUGUCAGAAAUGUUUGGCAAUAUCCUCAAAGAACUUGGUGAAAUUGGCUCUUCCGUUGGAGGUGAUGUUGCUGACCUGAAAAUUUCUACAGAACCAACGAAAUUAGAGGAGGAAUUCACUGUCGCAAGAUUGUACAUCACAAGAAUGAAGAAUGAGGUCACGAACAUGAUACAGAGACUUCAAGAUAUCGAAAACAAGGAACAAGACAGUAAUAGAAAAGUUACCGAAUAUGAAAAAGAACUGAGUGAAUGUAAACUUCUGAUAUCUCAGCAUGAAGCUAGGAUGAAGAGCUUGCAGGAGUCGAUGAGGGAGUCCGAAAACAAGAAGAGGAUGUUGGAGGAAAACAUUGACGCUUUAAGGGAAGAAUGCGCUAAAUUGAAAGCUGCUGAGCAGGUUUCCAGCGCUUCUGAAAGUGAGAAAAAAGAAGCCAAUGAAUUGAGGUUAGCACUUGAACAGCAAAUGGAUCAACUAAGAAUAGCACAUCAGAAACAAGUGGCUACUUUAAGAGAUGAAAUCGCUGAGAAGCAAGAAAAUCUCAAUGAUAUCAAAGACUCCAAUCAGAAACUCAUCCUGGCCCAGCAGCAACUUCAAGCCGAAUAUGACAGGCUUAAAAGUGAAGAAACAGAAAAAUCACAGAAACUGCAGGAACUCAUCACCACCAAUGAGAGGCGAGAACAGGCCCGUAAGGAUCUCAAAGGCCUUGAAGAUACUGUUUCCAAGGAACUACAGACAUUACAUAAUCUACGAAAACUUUUCGUACAAGACCUCCAGGCUAGAAUGAAGAAAAACCUUUCGUCAGAAGACAAUGAAGAAGAUGGAGGAUCGUUAGCUCAAAAACAGAAAAUAUCAUUCCUCGAGAACAACUUGGACCAACUCACCAAAGUACACAAACAAUUAGUGAGAGAUAAUGCAGAUCUUCGUUGUGAGUUACCCAAACUGGAGAAACGUCUUCGCGCUACAAUGGAACGAGUUAAGGCUCUUGAAACGGCGUUGAAGGAAGCUAAAGAAGGAGCAAUGAGGGAUCGUAAGAGGUACCAAUACGAAGUAGAUCGUAUAAAAGAAGCUGUAAGACAGAAAAACCUGGCGAGAAGAGGUCCAGCUGCAACUAUUGCCAAGCCGAUUAGAUCUGGUCAGCAUGGCAUUGGGGGAAAUAAUAUAAUUCGCACAGGCAGCAACCAGAGCUUCAAUAAGAGUAUGGAUGAGUCCCAGAAACGCAAAUCGCUCAUUAUUGGGGAACGAGAUUAAUCUCUUCGCUUCUGCAUCAAUCGAAGAACAUCUUACACCAAAAAAAAAUAUAUUUGUAUGAUGAGUAAUGAAUGAACUUGCUUAAAAUUUAAUUGACUUGAAAAGUUUACGAAACAGUAAUCUAUGUGCUUAACUUAGAAAUAAAUUAAGGUGCACUUCAUAGAAACAUAUUAUAACGAACUGUUCCAGACAAACUACCCUACCAAAACGUAUUUUGGUUUUGGGUUUCAAUAUACUUCAGAAUUUGGUACAGUAAUAAAUGCAAUUUCAUGGUUAAAGAUGGGCAUUUUCAAAGGAACAUUUCGUUGUUAUACCAACUUUUUGAAUUUUUCAGCCUAGGGUGCUGCAGAGUUAUAUCCAAUUGAGUGUUUUAAAUCACAGCAUAUUAAUGCCUAAAGUUUUGCAAUAUUUGGUUAGCCUACGGUGUUUCCAAUUGUGCAUUAUUAUUCCAUAAACAGUGUUGAUGUUCCAGUACCGUGCAAUGGUAUAACAGUUUAAUAAUGCUUUUGUAUUUGCUUUCUUUGAAGGCGAUGAGUGAUAUUGGUUUGAAGUAAAUUUUCGUUAUACAAUGACAAAUUGUAGUGAUAUUACUAUAGUAAGUUCAUCGGACAUGCUUGUCUUCAAAUGUCUCUUACACAAUUAGAAAAUAACAAAAUAUUAUGGAAAUUUACUAAAAACUAAUAUUAUUCAGGACCCAUAUAAUUGAAUUAUCUGUAAAAAGCUUUGUAAAUUUUGAAACUUGUGGGAUAUUUUGGACAAUUUUCAUUUGAUAAUUGAAGAUGAACAUUUCUUGGAAUCGAAUAGCACAUUUUUAAUUUUAUUUAAUAGUGACAUUCAACAUAGGAGUCACUUAUAUGGAAUUGAAUUUCUUGAAUUUUUAUAUCAGUCCAUUGGAGAUUUUGAUUAGAUAUGAAUUUAUAAAUUUUAAUAGGUUGGUUUUUAGCAUUGUUUUCUAGAAAGAGGACUGGUUUGACUGGAUCAAAUAUAAGUCUCUCUUUCACUCUCUCGUCUCUGAUCAGGUAAUCAUAUUUUCAGUAAGCAGACAGUGAAAUAAAGGGUCCAAACGAACUUGCAAUUCAUAUAUUGUAAAAAAUUUGAUUCAUUGAAAACGCAAAGAGGAAUUUUUAACAAGGUAGCUAUUUUCGAUAAUUAUUGACUCAAUAGUGAAUAACCUAUGUUUUUUGGAUCCUUUAUUUAUGCCUAUAAUAUAAACUAAAACUGGCAAUUUCUAUGAGACCUGCACAACCCAUUAUUCAAGAUUGGAGAAAGCAUUUAGUAAAUUCCCCAAUUUUUUUCUGACUAAUUUAUUGUAUGUUCCAAUUUGUUAUGUAGAUAAUUGUCUUUUUCAAAGAAGAGAAGAAAUUGUCGGCUGUAACAAAAUAUUUUUUAGUGGAUGCUUAAGUCAAAACAGUUUAUUUAUUUGAUUCAUGGAAACUAUAUUCUAAUAAACUAAAUGAGAAAA